CGCAAUUGGUGCGCAUGCGUAUUGCAGAGUUACCCUCGAGCAGAGAACUUGUCAGCAGAGAAUGUGGGGCGAGGAACGGUAGUUCUUUCCGAAGAGUUGUUAAUAAUUGUAUAUUUGCUUCAGUUUAAAGUGUGCUUUGAUGGACGAAUCUGAUCAGCCUCUUGAAUAUCACACUGAAGAACAGAUCACUGGUAUGCUGAACUCGGAGCCCAUGGGGAUCUACAGCAAUCCUGGCUCAGAAGGCUCAGGCGAAGGCUGCCAGCCCGACCCCCCUGUCUUGGCCCAAGAUCCCACCCCUGCCCAGGGCCCAGGCUUUGAAUCAGUCACAGCUCUGCAGGACGGAGGGCAAGACGCAAUGGAGCAGACUGAGGAGGGCCAGUUGGAGCUGUUGGUUCGGGAUCUUUCGGAGCAGCCGGGGCCACCUCAGGAGGAGCCAGCCCAGCAGCUGGAGCUGUCUGAACAGGGCAGCCCAAGCAACAUGGAGCUGGAGGAUACGUCCAAGGAUGGUGUGGAGGCAGAGACAGAGCCUUCCAAUUUGGAGGCAGCUUUCCCUGCAGAGUUUGACCGGUACAUGAAAGUGGUAGAGGAAAACCCUGAAGAGUUCAACGGGUGGACUUACCUGCUGCAGUAUGUGGAACAAGAGAAUCACAUUGUGGCAGCCCGUACAGCCUUUGACUCCUUUUUUGCACGGUAUCCCUAUUGCUACGGCUACUGGAAGAAGUAUGCUGACAUGGAGAGGAAGCUUGGGGACAUGAAGCUCGCAGAGGAGGUGUUCCGCCGGGGCCUGCAAGCCAUCCCACUCAGCGUGGACCUGUGGCUGCACUACAUCGCCUUCCUAAAGGAGACCGCCGACACCAGCGACAAUGACAUACAGACAACGAUGCGAAACACGUAUGAGAGUGCGGUGUUGGCAGCAGGCACAGACUUCCGCUCUGACCGUCUCUGGGAGGCCUACAUUAACUGGGAGACAGAGAUGGAAAACUUGGCUAACGUCACUGCGAUCUACGACCGCGUCCUUACCAUCCCCACCCAACUCUACAACCAUCAUUUCCAGAGGUUCAGAGAACAUGUGCAAAACAACCUGCCAAAGCACUUCCUGUCACUGGAGGAGUUUGUCCAGCUUCGGAAAGAGCUGGCCGCAGCGAACGGUCACAGUACUGAAGAAGCUCCAGAGGGUGGUGACACCGAGGACCUUCCACCUGGCACUGAGGACCUCGCCGACCCUGCCAAGCUGGUGACUGAGAUUGAGAACAUGCGCCACAGAGUGACAGAGUCUCGCCAGGAGGUGUUUAAUCUCAACGAGCAAGAGGUCAGCAAGCGCUGGGAAUUUGAAGAAGGGAUUAAGCGCCCGUACUUCCACGUGAAGCCCCUGGAGAAGAGCCAGCUGAACAACUGGAAGGAAUAUCUGGACUUUGAGAUCGAGAACGGGACCCUGGAGCGAGUGGUCGUGCUGUUUGAGCGAUGCCUGGUGGCCUGUGCCCUCUACGAGGACCUGUGGAUCAAGUAUGCAAAGUAUAUGGAAAUCCACAGCACUGAAGCCGUUCGACAUGUUUACAAGAGAGCCAGUCUGACGCACCUUCCCAAGAAGCCAACUCUUCACCUGCUGUGGGCUGCAUUUGAGGAGCAGCAGGGUAAUGUUGAUGAGGCCCGUGGGAUCCUGAGGAACCUGGAGGAGGCAGUGCCUGGCCUGGCCAUGGUGCGGUUGCGCAGGGUCAACUUGGAGCGUCGGCACGGCAACCUGGAAGAAUCCGCCUCUCUGCUGCAGGAUGCCAUUGCAAACGGGAAGAACGUCAGCGAGUCUUCAUUCUACUCCAUCAAGUUGGCAAGGCACCUCUUUAAGGUGCAGAAGAGCUUGCAGAAGGCUAGGAAAGUGCUGUUGGAAGCCAUUGAGAAGGAUAAGACGAGCCCCAAGCUGUACCUGAACCUGCUGGAGCUGGAGUACAGUGGUGACGUGAGGCAGAGCGAGGAGCAGAUCCUGUCCUGCUUUGACAGGGCUCUGAGCAGCCCCCUGCCCCUCGAGUCGCGCCUCACCUUCUCUCAGCGCAAGGUGGAGUUCCUCGAGGACUUUGGCAGCGACGUCAACAUGCUUGUGACUUCUUAUGAGGAGCACCAGAAGCUCCUUAAAGAGCAUGAAUCAACCAAAAGAAAAGCAGAAAAUGGCUCGCAGGAACCUGAUCCGAAAAAACAGCGCACAGAAGACCACGCGAUGACUACAGGACCCAUGAUGCCCGACAUGCAGGCCAACCACUCUGCCUACAAUUACAAUUGGUACCAGCAAUACAACUACCAGAACCCAUGGGGCUAUGGACAUUACUACCCUCCACCUCCAACAUGAUGGAAAUCUUCACAAGAAGAACAUCUGCUUAAAAACCAUCCUUUGUACCCUUCCCACCAAACAGAGAUCCCACAAUGCUGCACCUUUUCAUUCUGUUGGUUGAUUCCCCCUCCCGCCGUUUUUAUACCAAGAGCUUCAGAAAUAAUUGGAAAAUUGUCUCGCAUACCAAUUACAUUUUUGGGGUUCUCUCUUAAAAAAUGCAGAAGAUGUUUGUUAAUUGCUGGGGACUGGUAAUACUUAGCAAGUUUUAUGAAUUACAAAGCAGCAUCCCUUCUAUUUUCUGUUUUGUUUGAUGUGAACCUCUUUUUAAAAUGAUUCUGAUCUUUUCAAGUGAAGUUUGCUUUUCAAGAGAAAGGUGGAAAUGAAAAGAUCUCUUGUGACUUCAUGUAUUUCAUAAUAAAGGAUUCAUGUAAUUUAA